AAUGUUGGGGUUACAGUCAGGGCGAAACCCCCUCUCCACCUCUCCUACACGGGAAAUAAAGCUGAAUAUUUCCUCUUCGUCUGCUGAUUACUCUCCGGAAGAACUAUACAUAUACAUACAUACACAUCCAAUUGCAGCAAUUGUUAUCGCAUAUGCUAAUUACUCCUGGCCCUCUCCAGAUCAGGCUUUAAGCUCAGAAUAUUUGGUGCUGUAACGCUAAAAUCAAUCGAUUCUGAGUAAAUCGAAUUGAUAAAGAUGGAGGAAAUCACAGAGGGAGUCACCAACAUUAGCAUCUCUGGGGACUCUCAGAAGAAGAAUCGAAUCCAGGUUUCCAACACCAAGAAGCCCCUAUUUUUCUAUGUCAACCUCGCUAAGAGGUACAUGCAACAGCAUAAUGAGGUGGAGCUUUCUGCUCUCGGGAUGGCUAUUUCCACUGUUGUCAGUGUUGCUGAGAUCCUGAAGAACAAUGGGUUUGCGGUAGAAAAGAAGAUCAUGACUUCCACUGUUGAGAUCAGAGAUGAAUCAAGAGGGCGACCAAUCUCAAAAGCAAAAAUUGAGAUAGUAUUGGGGAAGACAGAAAAAUUUGAUGAAUUGAUGGCAGCUGCUGCAGAGGAGAGAGCUGGAGAUGUUGAAGAGCAAAGUUAGAGAUGGUUUUUUCAUCUUUUGGUUGUUUGGUAUCUGUUUUGUUAUAUUAGAAGCUUCUGGUUCAGGUGAUAAUUUAUGCAACUUCUAAGUAGAACUUAAAGUUUUAGACAACUAGGAUCUCCUCCAAUGAGUUCGGCACCUGCGAAACUUCUUAGCAUCCGAAACAGAUUUCUACCAAUCAAAAUCAGUUUCAUUUGAA